GAUCCGUUUAACGAUCCGUCCUCGACCUUCCUUUGGAGAUCCUGCAUCUGUGUCUCUGCCUCUCUGCAACAAUGAGCUCAGCCAUGGGUCCUCCGCCUCCAAGAAACCCUGAACCUAACCCUAAUCCCUCCACGGAACCCGAAACCCCACAAGACGAACCCGCCCCAGCACCUGCACCACCGGCCAAAGCCUCCAUGGGCCCUCCUCCUCCGAGAAACCCUAAUUCUGAGAACGGCGAACAACAUCAACAGCGAGCUGAAGAAUCAGAACCAAAUUCAAAUUCACCUGAUGUAAUUGAAAAACCAGCACCAGAAAACAGUGCAAGGCACAGUUCAGUGCCUUACACCAUUCCUCCUUGGAAUGGGCCGCCCUCUCACAAUUUCUACCUCGAGGUCCUCAAAGAUGGCUCCAUCAUUGACCAAUUGGAUGUCUACAAGAAGGGGGCUUACAUGUUUGGGAGGGAGAAACUAUGUGAUUUCAUGCUUGAGCAUCCAACCAUCUCUCGGUAUCAUGCUGUGAUUCAGUUUAAAAGAAGUGGAGAAGCCUAUCUUUAUGAUUGUGGUAGCACCCAUGGCACUUUUGUCAACAAGAAUCAGGUUGAGAAAAGGGUUUAUGUGGACCUGCAUGUAGGUGAUGUCAUUCGAUUUGGCCAGUCAUCUCGAUUGUAUAUUUUCCAAGGGCCUACUGAGUUGAUGCCAGCUGAAACUGAUUUGAAAAUCAUCAGAGAAACUAAGAUACAAGAAGAGAUGUUAGAUCGAGAAGCUUCACUUAGAAGAGCAAGACAGGAAGCAUCUCUUGCUGAUGGUAUCUCGUGGGGCAUGGCAGAGGAUGCUAUUGAAGAAGAAGAGGAUGAUGUUGAUGAAGUGACUUGGCAAACGUACAAAGGAAAGCUGACUGAGAAACAAGAAAAAACCCGCGAUAAAAUAGUAAAAAGGAUGGAAAAGGCAACUCAUAUGAAGAAAGAGAUAGAAGUAAUACGUGCCAAAGACAUUCCUCAGGGUGGGUUGACACAGGGCCAACAAACUCAAAUUGCUCGAAACGAACAGAGAAUCACACAGAUCAUGGAAGAGCUUGAAAACUUGGAAGAGACAUUGAAUGACAGUAUCCGGGAAAGUAUGGGUGCUCGUGCUGGGAAGAUAACUGGUGGUAAGAGGAAAGGGGCACCAGAAGAUGAUGAAGACUUUCUAAGUGAUGAUGAUGAAUUUUAUGAUCGCACAAAGAAGAAACCUUUCAUUCAGAAAGGUGGUGAAAGCCAGUCAGUUGAAACUGCUGAUACUCUUCUUGAUAAGAGAGAUGCUGUCAUGAAAGAAAUUGAAGAGAAGAAACAGUUGCUUUCAACUGAGAAGAACAGAAUAGCUUCGGAAAAUGCAGUAGAGACUGAUUCUGGAGAUGCACUUGACACUUUCAUGUCUGGGCUUUCUUCCCAGCUAGUGCUUGAUCAAACAAUGCAACUUGAGAAGGAAUUAUCUGCUCUUCAAUCUGAGUUAGACAGGAUCUUCUACCUAUUGAAAAUUGCUGACCCUGCUGGGGAAGCUGCUAAGAAAAGAGAUUUAAAUGUUCAAACACCAAAAGCAAACAAAUCUGAAACUCCUGCUGUUGUCAAGAAGCAGCCUCUUGUGGAGUCCAAAAGAAAUGAUGCAUCUAGAGAACCAGGAAAUUUAUCCAAGCACACAGAAGGAACUGUUGAUUCCUUUGCAGAACCAACCAAGAAGCCAGAGGUUGAGAAGGUUGCUGGCGAUAAAGCUGAGGCAGAAAAGGUUGUCUAUACUGCUGUAAAGCCCCAGUGGCUUGGGGCUGUAGAGACCAAAGAAAUAAAAGAAUCCCAACAAGUAGAACUCCCGAGCACACAGGAGGCCGACCAAUUUGUGGAUUAUAAAGACAGGAAAAGAAUGCUCGAAAAUGUUGAUGAUCCACAGUUUAAGGAUCACUCAGAUAUUGAAACUGCGGGCCCUGGUUUGAUCAUAAGGAAGCCAAGGCAAGUCGAGAAACCUGAAGGUAGUGAGAGCAAAGCUUAUGAUCAAUCAACAUCUUCCUCCGAGGGAGCUGAUCUCAUGGCACAGGAUGCUGUUGCACUGUUACUGAAACAUGCAAGGGGGUUUCAGGGGGAGGAUGAGGAGUCAUCUGAAACCCAUGAAAUGCCAGCCAGAAAUCAAUCUAGCAAGGACGUAAAAAAGCCAAAAAGAGUGCUUGGUCCAGAGAAACCUUCAUUUCUUGAUAGAAAUUCAGAUUAUGAAACAUGGGUUCCCCCUGAAGGACAAUCAGGUGAUGGGCGAACUUCACUGAACGAUCGAUAUGGGUACUGAAUCCACAAGCUUGUUCUCUAGAGUUUUACCUAGGCUGGAGAAUUACUUCGUGAGUGUUGUAUAUUUAUAGGCCGUAAAGAACGAUUCCAAUAUGUAUUUUUUCUAGCGGUCGAAAAGUAACAGGCAAAAAAGCUUUAAUUAUAGUGUCACACCAUGGAAAUUGUUCUUCAAUGUGGAUGUUUUACAUACAUUGGCCUAAUGCAUUCAAAGCAAUUAAAUUUCCUUCAAUGUU